AGAGCAGUCAAUGUGGAAAAAGAGGGGAAAAAAUAGUGUAGUGAAUAGUAACUACAGAAUCAAUAUACGAAAAUCGAAAUGGUAAAAUAGCAAUUGCAAUUCCGAUUUUAACUAAAAGAUGUUUGACCCAUAUAAAGGAAAAGUUUGAUUUUUGAUGCUACAAUGGUGCUUUCUUGAAAUUUUAUGUAAUGGAUUACUACUUACUAGGCGAUUCUAUGAUUCUCUUGGAGAAAACCAAGUCAAAUGGGUUGGCAUUGAAUCAAGGGAGGAGAUGGCAGCUGACAUUUUAGCGUCAGGCGGCGGCAUGUGGAGAACUUCUUUCCCAAUGUUCUCAGGUAGGUUUUGCUUCUUUUGUAUUUCUUUUUCUUGUUAAUAGGAAAAGUAGUAGACUAGUAGCACCAAAUAAGAAAAUAAGAAUCAAAGUUGGGAAUAUCUCUGACCUUUGGUAAAGUUUUACUGUAAAUUGUAUAUUUUGAACCUAAAUACAAUGUUCUGAAGAAGAAAUAUGAACGUGCAUAAGUUUUUUUUGUAUUUGUUUCUUUUAGAUAGGAAAAUAACAGUAUUGAGAUUUACUAUCUUGAAAGCAGAAAGCUUGAAAGGUUUAAUUAAGCCGAAAGUUUGAAAUCUCUAAUUCCAUAACUUUUUGCCACUUAUGGAGAAGGCUUUGCACACAUUAUAAAGUAGGCUUGUAAAAUCACCAAAGGAGCAAAUUCUUUCCUAGAUAAUCCCAUAUCCAAUUGAGAUAUCUCAUUUGUAUGCUGAUGUUUCUUUCCAUAAGGAAUUUCCUUCCUCAAGCUUUCUCUCAAUUUUAUAACCUGAUUAAUGUUAGUGCUGAUUUUGCUGGUUAGGUCCGUAAUGAAGUGCUAUUAGCAUGUAUUUGGAGUGUAUGCCAUAUAUUUAUUACAAGUUCUUGAAAUUUUAUGGGUUGAGGAAGAAAAUCCCAUUUUCCCAUUUGCUGCAUUUCAACUUUAUGUUCAGCAUCCAGGUCCCAAUUGAUAGAUUUGACUUAGUAAUUACCUUGUAGCAUGACUAUUAAUCCUUUAAAUCCUUAAAGAAAGGAACAGCCCAUGACCCACCUGAUAACCAUUUUCUAGAUAUCUGAAAAAUCGAACUACUUUAAACUCCAGUAAGGGUGGCUCUGUCUCAAAUAUUGCUAUCAAGAGAGUUGGUGCUCUUUGAUUAGUGUAACUUAGUUGCUUUUGUCAUCUUAGUUUUGUUUAUCUUGAUAUUUUUCUUAUUAACAUUAUGUGUUACCAAUUGAUGCCUGAGACAAGUGCUUGCUAGUCUAACUAGCUACUCAAUGAGGGAAAAUGACGUUAUCACAUUAGGAAAUUACACAAUCCUUCCACACUUUUUGUUGAAGAUGCUCAAGAAUAACUUGGACAGUAGAGAAUUGCACAAUCCUUCAAUAACUCCUCAUGAAGAUGCUUAAGAACAACUUGCUCUCCUGGGGGUGGGAGAAGGAGCUACGGCAUAGUGUUUCUGCUAUUUAAAGCCCCUUCUUCCCCAAAUAUUAUCAAUCUGGUGAAGACAUCGAUUGGAACGUUUCGUCAAUGGAAUUCCCAAAAUCCUCAUCAGCUCUAUCAUCAGAAAUGCAAAAGUCGGUUGCUAUCCAUAGCUGCUUGCCAAGUAACAACAAAACUCAGCAGGAUGAAGAUAAAAGGGAGCCUUGUUUCAUGCAUUUGCUAAGAGCAAAGCUCCUCUGUUUCUGGAAACAACAAGUCGAAGAAAUUCUUCAAGCUUCAGAGCUAAAGAGAAAACAAGAGCUGCCCCUUGCAAGGAUCAGGCGCGUAAUUAAGUCAAACGAUCAAGUAAAGAUGGUUAGCGCACAUGCUAUCGUUUUAUUUGCAAAAGCAACUGAGAUGUUCAUUCUUGAACUCACACUUCGUGCGUGGAUGCAAGCUGAACAAGUCAAACGUCGAACUCUGAAGCGUUAUGACAUUGCUAGGGCCAUAAGGAAUGAAGAACUUCUUGAUUUCCUGUGUGAUAUCGUCCCACUGCAGUCCUAUAAGUUUCAGGUGGAAGAGGCAAAUUAUGGCCAAGGAAAUGAAUUUCACCCGGCUUAUCAAAUGGUUCAGCCUAUUAACUUUCCAAAUCUGCAGUACCAAUUUCAGGUGGAAGAGGAGGCAAAUGAUGGCCAAGGAAAUGAAUUUCACCCGGCUUAUGAAAUGCUUCAGCUUCAGCCUAAUAACAUUCCGCUACAGUACCAGUUUCAGGUGGAAGAGGAGGCCCUUGAUGUCCGAGGAAAUGAAUUUCAUCAGGCUUAUCAAAUGGUUCAGCCCAAUAACAUUCUGCUGCAGCAGCAGAACCAAUUUCAGGUAGAAGAGUUGGCAAAUGACGGCCAGGGAAAUGAAUUUCUCGUAGCUUAUCAAAUGGUUCAGCCUAAUGAUGUUCCAUACCAAUUUCAGGUGGAAGAGGAGGCAAAUGGUGGCCAAGGAAAUCAAUUUCACCCGGCUUAUCAAAUGGUUCAGCCUAAUAGCAUUCCGGCUUCUUUCACCAGCAUCCAAGGAAUUCCAGCGCCACUGAUGCUACCACCUGCGAUUAAUUCAUCUGCUGAAGCCAAGUUUACCAAUGAUGGAUUUGCAUUGGACAAUAAGGAGGGACUUUAAAGUGGGAGUUAAUUAAUUUCUGUUUCUUUAGUUAUCAUUUUCCUUUGUUGUUGUUUAGCCUUUUCAAUAGGCCAUCCUUUAGACUUGUUUUAAUUGGCCUAAGAAAAAUAUGUGUCCCCUAUACUGCUGAAAGAAUGCAGUUUAUGUUUGUGUUAAACAGUAUAAACCCCGCUUUUGUUAAAUGUUUUUAAUAAUACCUGUGCUUAUUUCGUGAUGA